CCGGUGUAGGCUAGGAGUGGCACUUGGAAAACUGAAGUACGAAAUGUGUUCAGUUCACUCUGGGAUUCAGGUCUAUGAGGACGCACCAGUUAUUAGUCUAAUAGUCGAUUUAUUGCGCGGAUAUGGUGGAUAAACAAAAUACUCUCCCAUUUCCCGAGACACCUUAACAUCCAGAUAAAAAACACACCCACAAACAAAUCGAAAAGAAUGGAAUCGAAUGGCAUUGCCAAUAAACAAGGUCUCGAUGGCGAUCCAGAUCUUCAGUUUCUGCUGGGUGGCGGAGACCUUCUGAAGGUCCGAUCCAGCAACUGGAAGAGAACACGCUUCUACAAGCUGAGGGAGGACUGUAAGACUUUGUGGUAUGAGUCACACAAGACUAUAAGGUCCUCCAAUCCAACCUUCUGCGUGGACGACAUCGCUGCAGUGAGGUCGGGCAGGCAAACGGAGGGGUUGCAGAAGCACACAGACGGCCAUGUGGAAGCUCGAGCCUUUUCCAUCUUGUUCAAGAGCCGCCGGAAAAACCUGGACCUGAUCGCCAGCUCUGAAGAGGAGGCAAAGCAGUGGGUUACUGGGCUGGAGAAGCUCAUGUCCAACCUUGGCAAACUCACCCGCCAAGAGAAGACUGAGCACUGGAUCUUCAAUUGCAUGCGCAAAGCUGAUAAGGACAACAACAACAAAAUGUGUCUGAAAGAACUCAAGAGCUUCCUGCGUCAUAUCAACAUUGAGGUGGAUGAUAACUAUGCAAAGGAACUGUUUGAGAAAUGUGACGCGUCCAAAUGUGGAUUUUUGGAGGGCAAGGAAAUAGAACACUUCUAUGAAAUUCUCACCCAUCGUGAGGAGAUUGAUGUCAUCUAUGGGGAAUACGCCAAGACUGGGGGUAUGAUGAGCGCCGAGGAUCUACUGUACUUCCUGAACAAGGAGCAGAGAGAGGCUGUGGAUCUGAACCAUGCACUCAACCUCAUCGACAAGUACGAGCUGGACAGCUCUGCGAAAGAGAAGAAGGUGAUGAGCAAGGACGGGUUCCUGUUGUACUUCCACCAACCAGAGGGUUUGAUUCUCAAUCCUUCUCACAAGGGUGUGUACCAGGACAUGACCCAGCCCCUCAACCAUUACUUCAUCUCUUCUUCCCACAACACAUAUCUGAUGGAGGACCAGCUGAAGGGACCCAGCAGCACAGAGGCAUAUAUACGGGCUCUUCUGAAGAGCUGCCGCUGUGUGGAGCUGGACUGUUGGGAUGGGUCAGAUGGUCAGCCGGUCAUUUACCAUGGUUACACCCUCACGUCCAAGAUCCUCUUUAAAGAUGCCAUCAAGGCUAUCAAGGAGUAUGCCUUUAAGACAUCAGACUACCCAGUGAUCCUUUCUUUGGAGAACCACUGCAGUGUGGAGCAGCAGAAGCUCAUGGCCCAGCACAUGAUCUCCAUCCUGGGCAGUGCCCUGGUAACAAAGCCCCUUGAGGACCAGAUGCCCAUGAACUUCCCUUCUCCAGAGGAGCUGAAAAGACGAUUUGUGAUCAAAGGAAAGCGACUGAACAAACUCGAGGACUGCUUCAGCACAGAGGCCAGCAGCACGAAGGACGUUGUCUCUGAGGAGGAAGAAUCUGGGGACGAUGAGGAAGAAGAUAAAAAACCUAAAAAGAGCAAGAAGUUGAAACUGGCUAAGGAACUCUCAGAUAUAGUCAUCUACUGCAAAAGUGUGCAUUUCCAUGGCUUUGAGGAUGCCCAAAAAAACCUGGGCUUCUAUGAGAUGUCUUCUUUUAAGGAGGGAAAAGCAGACAAGCUGGCAGAGGAGACAGCAAAUCAGUACAUUCACCACAAUAUUGACAAACUCAGCCGGAUCUAUCCAGCAGGCAUGCGGACAGAUUCCUCCAACUACAAUCCUGUCCCACUUUGGAACAGUGGCUGUCAGAUAGUUGCCCUGAACUUCCAGACUCCAUGUGGAGAGAUGGACGUGAACCAGGGUCGAUUCCUUCCCAAUGGCCUGAGUGGCUACAUCCUGAAGCCAGCAUACCUCAGGGACAGGGCUUCUGAGUUUAACCCUGUCACUCUCACACAGGGCGAGUGGCGUCAACACAAGAGAUUUCAUAUGAUGGUGAUCUCAGCCCAGCAACUCCCCAAAGUGAAUCAAAAGAAAUCGUCCAUUGUGGAUCCACUGGUGAGGGUCGAGAUCUACGGCGUGAACUGUGACGUGGCUCAGAAAAAAACAGAACACAUUGAUAACAAUGGAUUCAAUCCGAUGUGGAACGCCAACUUCCAGUUUGAUGUUUACGUGCCAGAACUGGCGCUGGUGCGCUUUGUAGUUGAAGAUUACGAUUCCACAUCAGGCAAUGAGUUUGUUGGACAAUACACUCUACCCUUUACCAGCAUACAGUGUGGAUAUCAUCAUGUGCCUUUACUCAACAAAAAUGGGGAUCUUCUACCUUCAGCUAGUCUCUUUGUUCAUAUCAUGAUCAUGGAUGAACCACAGUAAUCACCAUAGCUUCAGAUCAAAAAAAACUUUUCACAGAGAAAAUCCCUAAAUCAACAAAGACCUUUUGCACUCUUUUUGAAGCUUGUAAUAUGCCUAGAGUUCUUCCUCACUUAUUGUGACCCUAUUGUGAUUUCAUCAAAUAUCGCUCAACAAUUCAUUUGAAAAGGGCACACAGAUAUUGCACUGACAUGAAGUGAAUUUGAUUCAACAAUGAAUAACAGCACAUAAACCUACAAGUCAUAUUUGACUUUUUGACCAUUUUAAUUUAAUUAUAUCCUACAAUGUU